CUCAACCAACAACCCACCCCCCACCAUCUCCCCUUUCAUACACUCCAAACUAAUGAAAUCAUCCAACAAACCCCGCCUCUACAUCUCCCUCCACGCCCGCGGAGGCGGAAUCCGUCCCAAGAUGCCCGACAAAGAAGAUACGUAUCACUGGUCCCUAACCAUCCUCCCCAAACACAAGCACCUCUCCCCAAAAACCAAACCUAUGGUCGUUGGAACGACCUACCACGUCCGCGACCUCCCCACCCCCAUCCCCAGCACCACCGGCACAAGCACGGACAUGAUCUUCAAAUGGACCUACGACGAGCGCAGUACCACACUCGACACGAUGGUUCUUGUACGGAUAUUUAUUGGGAAGGUGGUGGAUCGGGAGAGGUUGGUUGAGAUAUUGAGGGGGGUUCCGGUUCCUGGUGGGGGAGGAGAGGGGGUAGAGGUAGAGGGAGAGGAAGGGUGGAAUUGUGUUUCUUGGGUGAGGGGGGCCAUAGAGAGAAUUAGGGAUGAUGAGAAUGAGGUUCUGGGAAAGGGGAGUGUGUUGGAGUGGAGGGUUGUUAGGGAUGCGGCGAUGGGGUUUGCGGGGAGGAAGAUGGGGGAGGGGUGGUUUAGGAGUGAUGGACCGGGUGGGAAUGGGGAUGGAGAUGGGGGUAGGGUUGCGGUGUGGGAUUUGGUGGGGGGGAGGGAAGUGGCUUAG